CAAUUGUGUCGUGGUUACACUACGGGCUACAUUCUAGGCCCUAGGGUCGACCUGGUUUUCCGUUACAUCCCUCUCAAUGCCUGUAUACAAUAUAGCUGAUCCUGAUGCCAAGAAUGCAGCUACCAAGUCUGGUGAAGAAGCUAAGCUCACAGCAUCGACCUUUCUAUUGCUACCUCGUGAUGAGCUUAUGGCUGUUUCUACUUCUAGUUGUUAUGUACAAGUAUAUGGAGACUCAAGAUGUUACAUUAACCGUGUUGAAGAAUUCCGUCAAUGAUCAAACUACGAGGAGUUUCCCCAGCAAUCCUCACCCUGACAUCAAGACACAGAGAGUGUUGCGAAUGUGCAAUCUGCCACAAGAAAUACGGACUGUCAGUGAAGGUCAACUGAAAGAGUCGUAUCAGCUGGAAGGAGUGUUGAUCCUGUUGAGACACGGAGAUCGCGGACCACUGACUCAUGUCAGGGACAUUGUCAGUAUCGACUGUGCAACCAACCCCCACCCCCAGCUGCCUGCCUACGAGACUCUCCUUGACAACAUCACGGGAACUCCUCAACUCUCACAGAUGCUCGGUCCCUUCCACGGCUUCCCCCUGCUACCUCCUCGGUCCUGCAAUCUGGGUCAGCUAACCUACGUGGGGGUCUCCCAGCUGUUAGCCCUCGGGGAGGCGUUACGAGCCGCAUACGCUGACAGACUCAAUUUAUCCAACGCCACUGUUCCUGAUGACAUCGUAGUGUACAGCACAAAAUACCGCAGAACAUUCCAGAGCGCAUUGGCUUUCCUCUACACGUUUCUAACUCCUGAGCUACUUCGCAACGUCGUCUUCAGAGAAACACCUAGUUUACAGUUUUGUUUUGAGGAUUGUGCAUGCCCUGCGAGUGAAGUGUACUUGAAAAAAUUCAAUCAUGAAAAGUCCAAUCAUUUAAACUUGCAUCCUGCCGUUUUGAAAUUGGUGAAUUCCGCUUCGUACAUUGUAUACGAGGUGUUCGAGAAGAAUCUGGCUAGUGACCCUCACUCCUUGAGAGACGCUCUGCUAGCCUACGUUUGUCAUGGAUCUAGACUGCCGUGUUCGGAGGACAGAUCUGUUUGUGUUCACACAGAACAGGUGACGAGUUUACUCUCUUACAUUGAAUGGGAAGCUCGUCAGUUCUCCAGGAGUCCCACGCUCAAACGGGCGUGCAUCUUACGAGCUUACGGCAUGUUGAGGAAUAUAGUCUCACAUUUGGUGAGGAUUAUCUCGGAAAAGAAACCGAAGCUUGUGUUAUAUUCUGGCCAUGACAAGACAAUACUCUACUUAACAACAGCUCUAGGAAUUGCGACAGACACUACAUAUUUGGCACACUAUGCUUCUAGAUUCAUUAUUGAGGUCUACAGGAAUACCAACAAAGCCACAGCUGAUCUAAGUGGAGAAUACUACUUCAGACUUCUCUUCAAUGGCAAAGAUUUCACCAAUAAAGUGCAGUUCUGCAAAGGCACAGUCAUUGUGCAAUCUUCCUCCAGUAAAGGAAAUUCUCAGACUCUAUUUUUGUGUCCUAUUCAUACCAUUAUUCAGUUUUUACAUAACGACUACUUCGCUCUCUUUAACGCUUCAAACUUUAAGGACGCUUGCACUGUACAUACUAAGUAGAUUUUCGAUAGCCAUAAAACUCGCAUUGCCUCUUUAGACUAGACUAACCAAUUUCAGCGUCUUCAAAUAUUAAUGUAUUCAAUUUAAGGACUGACUUACUUUUCUUGGUAAUUUUUUGUGGAUUAGAAAUAGUUAAGGUUUCUUCUUGCUGUGACUAGGAAUUGAACCAACUUCAAUUAUCUAGUAAGUUUCUUUGUAGUUAGCUGUGGUUUUAUUUUAACGUAGAAAAUUAAGUUAAUGUCUGUUGUACCUGAUUUUUUAAACUUAGAUGUGCAAUUUUAUACUUGAUGAAUUUCUGUAUGAGAUAUUGUGAUAAUUAUGCUAAGAUUUACUUUAAUAGCUUUAAAAUAUUUUAAAUAUUAUGGUUAGGUGAGAAAUUGCAGAUAGAUGCAGAACAGUCCCACAAACUCAACCCAAUAUCAAUAUGUGGUCCACAAGGGUGUGCAGUUUGAGAAAUGGGGGUGUAAUAGGGAUCAAAUAUUGUGAAUAUUGGAUUAAUGUUGUGUAAGUAGGCUGAAUGUUUUGUUAAACUAUAAAUUGUUGUGCUGACCUACAGAAGGCUUUAAGUAGGCCAAUGCACUUGAUCAAGUGGGUCAGUUUUGUGUGUAGUGAAUCGUAAUGUACUGAGUACUGAGGACAGGGUCCUGCUGGGGGGAGCCGGAGCAUAAGGCCUUUGACCUGGGGUCUUUAAGGUUUUUCAAAAUGUUGAUUUUAAGUCUUUUUCUAAAUUAGGGUUUCUGUUUUACACUUAAUUAUUAUCACUGUUCCAGCCAAAUCCACGGUUUUGAUUGUUACUAAAUUGAAUUACGGCCAUUUCAGCAUCACUGUGUCAUCAUCAGACUGUUCAGCCAAAAGGCGUCGUUAGAACACAAAAACAUUUUUACACUAAACACACACAUAGUCAAAACAGGGUUUUUAAAAAACGUACAUUUGACAGGUACUUGCUCGAUUGCGGAAAUGUACGUUCCUCAACAGGCCUGUUUUUAAAACCCCGUUUUACUAUGUGUGUUUUUCGUGUAAAAAUGUUUUUGUGUUCUAACGACGCCUUUUGGCUGAACAGUCUGAUGAUGGCACAGUGAUGCUGAAACGGCCGUAACAUUGGCAAUAAUACAGGGGCUGGCUGACAAAGGUAAUAUUUGAAUUUCUGAAUUUAGUUAUAGAACCAGCUCAGGGGCUAGAAAAUAUGGAUUAUAAUUUGAUUGUUACUCAUAUUAGUGUUCUUUGUAUGUUUUGUGGUCCGAUAAUAUAGUUGGGUUUUGUAAGCGAGUGCUGAGUCUUUUAUUCCUGAGCUACGUCACCCAAAGUAGCAGUGGGUUAAUCUACAUUUAGCUGGGAUUACCUACCGUUGCAGGGGGUAAUCAGGAAAAAAAGGACCAAAAAUUAAAACAAUUAAUGAAUGUUCCUUUUAUUUCCUCAAAACAGGACUAUAUUCACAUCAGACCAUUGGAGUACAUAGGUACAUUAAACUUGAUAAGGAAAGCGCAUGACUUAGGCCUACCUUUUUUCUAACUAUGAUUAUGGUGUUGACCAACAGAUUAACCGGCUAGGCUUAACAAUUAAACUAAAUAAAAUAAAAUAAUUAUAUAUUGGCCUUGUUGAACUUGUAAAUUUCAUUAUACAUUUCAUUACUUAAACUAAUGCUUUGGUUGUCAUGUAUGCGUAACUAAAAUGUGUUAAUCUUAAUGAUCGUAAGUAUCCCUAGCCCCUAGGUUCAAUUUGUGCAACUAUUGAAUCAACCGAGCUCUGUAAUUCAGAGUCAGGGUUGUAAAUAACUCCAGCAUAGGGAUCUUGUAAAUUAAGUGAAAGUUAUUUAUAUGUUGGCCUAGGAAUCCGUACUGAUGGUUUAUUUUUAAGGUGCAGAGUUUGUGGGAUUAAAUGUAAUGUAUAUAAUCACUUGUUUAGUUUUAAUCUUCAUAUUUAAAUAUGGUGUUCAUGUAAGAUAGUUUGACGAGACUUUUUUUUACACAAAUUACUUUUAUACAUUACGUUUGAAUAUGAAUUUAUUGUUGAGAUAAUUGUUUUCAUGUUUUAGAUAGAUUUAAGAAUUGUAAUGUAAAACUUUUUUUGUUCGAUAGACAUAUAUUGGUUUCGAAUUAGCAAAUAUUAGUAAUUUUAUCUUAUCUAAUCAACCAGUUGAGACAUUUUAUAGCUUUACCUAAUAGUAUCUUGGAAAGAUAUCUUGUUUGGAUCAUUAUUUUAAAAUAUAAUACUUAUGUAUGUGAGAGGUUAAACUACUAAUAUUUUAGGUCAUUCUUGGUAAAAUAUAAAUGUUUGAAAAACUUCCUAUUCACUGUAAAAGAAAGCAUUGUUUAGUCAUAAAUUAUACAUGGAUUGUAGACCAUGUUUGUGAUUUAGCUCCUCUUAUGGUUUACUGAAACUUUUCAGUACUCUAAUCAAGGCGUACUUUAGGUAAAAGUGGCGAUUUCUUUACUGGCUUUCAAGUGGUGCAAAAAAUGAACCAUGUAACCUCAAUUGGCGUUUCAUUUGCAGUGUAGUGUGUUGCACGUCAAAUUAUGGCAGAUUAAUUUAGAGUGAGACAGGACAGUGCAUCACACAAUAAGGAAAAAUCAAACCCUAACUAAAUUCAUGGGAAAAUUGGUUUUGAAGGCUUGAAAUGCAACAAUAUUUCGCUACCAUUCGCUAUACAAUCCUGUUUGUAUGUCACAGAACAACUUUGUAAUACACAUUGAUAUAUCCAACUGAUGUGUGCGAAAAUUGUGACGGUACCAACUGCUGCAGCAAUGGAUGCCUCGUCUAUUUGCUAAUGUAAACCUAUCCUUAUACCCAAAAAAAUAAAUUGCCGCUCUAAUUUUUAAGUUUAUGCAUUGUUAACACGUUCGCUACUGCAAUAGUACGAAAUUUUGAUAAAAAAGAAUGAUAAUGUGUAUUUAAAAAAAAAUUAUAAAUCACUUUAAAAAAACAAUAUGUAUCCCAUUGUCUUAAGGUGGCUCCAGACAUGCGCCAUUUGCCAAGCACCGAGCAGCGACUUGCUGGAUCGCGAGUAGUGUUAAUAGGUGUUUGUCAAGCAGCAAACAUUGGUAUUUGUGUUUUCCAGUUCAUUGGUCCGUAUUUUUUACACAUCAAAGUAAAGAAAUAUUUGCUAUCCCCAAAACAAACAAAAAACGAACAGUUGCUUGUAAAACAACACAUGUGUAGUAUAGAUGUCUACUUAUUAAUCGGCAAACAGCAUGACAACUAGAUUACCGAACGUAAAAUAUUUCGUGCUUGGCAACUAACCAUGUCUGGAGCCGCCUUUAAGUUAAGAAUUUCAGGCAUAGGGAUUUUGUAAUAAGUCUUGUUAAAUCAACCAUUAGGCCUAGAUUAUGUUAUUGUACUGUUUUUGGAAAUAGUCACUCUUGUGUGGAGAGAUAGAACUUAAUUUUAUGUGAAAUAUUAUCUUUUAGAUUUUCUUAUAAAUAUUUUUAAAUGUUUAAUUUAUUGGAGGGAAUAAUAACUCUAUAUCAUAUCAGCUGUGCAUUUUGUGAUAUUUUCUUAGUAAAUAUAAUUCACAGUUGAUAAUUUUUA